GCGAUUCAAGCUGAAGUUCAGAGGCAAAUGUCUGGACUACUGGCGCGCCUACAGGCAAGAGCCGGUGGUCACAGCAGACCGCCGCCUGUGGUUGAUCCAGCUGGAAGGUGGCGUCAUUGAGUACUACGGCAACGGCAGGAUCGACUAUCGGGAGCUCACCGUCUACCGCAUCUACUGCGCAGGGUGUUCCUUGGACAUUGGAGGCGCUGGUGCAAGCGGCCCAUCAGGUGCGGAUGUUGAUUAUCAAGGACAUUCGAGUGAGUGCGGCCAAUACAGCAGCGGCGUGUUGGUACAGCUCGCAGGAUCAAGUAAGCUGAUGAUGCGAAUCAACGAUGCGGGACAGACGAUCGUGCCCUUAGGCGAGCUGGUGUCUACGCUGGGAUAUUCUUUGGAAUGGACCCCCACUCAUUGUAUUCUGAAGGACUCUGGUGGAACGGUUACAAGAUUGAAGGUCCAAGGGGGUUGUCCUCAGAUGUGUGAGCUGGAGGCCCUGUCAAUGAUAUCCCGAAUAGAGGACAGACGCCGGGAGAACCUCGAGAACGCGACCCAAGAUACCGAGGAUGCCCUGGCCAUGGCGGCGCUGCAGCUGGACAAGUCUUGGAAGGAUCACCUGCAGGACUUUGUGGCUGGGGGUGAUAUGCAAGCAGGACUAAGGGCACUGCGGGAUGCACCGUAUCUACAAGGGCUUCCGGGAGAGUGCCUUAAUGGACUUCUUGAGCCAGACCUGAAGGAUGCGGGUUGGAGCGCUCUGAAGUCAGUGGAUUUCUUAUCACGUCCUCAACGGCGACGUCUUUGGUCAGCCAAGCGGUGGGUGGUGCAUAUGUUCGCCGGAAAUCCGGGCCACUACCAGAUGUUCCAAGUGGAUGAAGGGGACACGGUGAUGAUCGAGCUGGAUGUGGAUCGGUGUAAGGGCCAGGACCACCAGGGAGAGGAGGAGUACUACAACAUGGUGAAGCCGGUGGCAUUCGCGCUGGAACAUCCAGCAGCCACGUCUGCGACGUCCUAUACGGCUAGUUCAACCGCCGAUGCAAACCCGAGAGCGGCGAGGUCAUUAUGGACAACUACCAUGUGGGAAGCAUUCCAGGAGGCCUACCAGAUGAGCCAGGUGACGUUCGAUCAACAAAGCAUGGGAUCACUGAGCUCCAUACCUACAACAAUUGGCACCAAUGUCUACUACUUGAUGGGCUUGGAUGGAAUGCAGACAGAAGGCGGAGGGAAGGCUAUGAAGGGGUCGGGAUCAGGAGUGUGGGCGCCAGGACUAGUGGAUGCAAUGGUGACAGCCUUGAGGUUCUGGACGAGAACGCCUAAGGAAUCUCCGAGACUCCUGGCAUUUUCCCCUGAGCAGUGGAAGGCGCAUAUACGAUCGAAUCAUGCUGACUACCGAAGGGAUUGUCUGACGUGCGUUAUGUCCCGAGGCACCGGCAAACGUCAUGGCCGUGUUCGGCAUCCGGAGCAAUUCAGCUUGACCAUCGAUCUUGCCGGACCGGUAAAACCAGCGCUAGACGCCACCUCAAAGGGCACCCUUGGCCGACAUCUAAAAUACCUCAUGGUAGCGCGCUACACGAUGCCAAAAGAAUAUGUCAAGGCCUAUACCUCCCGUGAGCCACCAGAAGACCACGGACUACGCGAACCGAUGGACGCCAAGGCCAAGGAGGAGUUGCCACAGUCACCUCACAAGGAACCAGCAGUGAGCAGGGUCGUAUACAAGUUGACGAACCAGGUGAGCAGGGUCGUAUACAAGUCGAUGAACCAGGUGGAUGAUUUCCAGGAGUAUGAGGACUCAAUGUACGAGCCAUCAAUAGCAGAGAAUGAGGACCCGAAGGAGGACGAAAAGGCACUCCCUGCAAAUGGAUCCGCAGUGGUGAAGGGGGCGCUGCAGGAUGUGGUAUUCGUGCUACCUGGAGUGAACCAGGUGUACCACAAGGGAAUGGGCAAGCUGAAGGCUGUGGGCAACGGCGGUGGAGACAGCAGCUGCGCAACAGAGGGCUCGGGUGCUACAAUGGAAGUCUCGACUGAUGGCGCCCUAUGGAGCGGUGGUGCACGUGAAGCAGAAAAAGUUCGACUCAUCCGGACCACGGAGGCGGGAACUGGCAUUCGAGACAAAGUGGACGAAGGGUUGGUGGAUCCUGGACCUCCAGAAGAAGAGCUGGUAGAGGAAGCUACAGCUAAGCUAAGUCGCGAAGAGCUCAGUGAAUAUGCCAAAGACCGGUCAAAGGCUCUGUUGGACAAUUGGUCCUAUGGGGAGGCCGAGCGAUUGGUGGAGGAGCUAGCUCUAUCAGGCUUUUUCGAUGAGGUGAAGUUCGGGAUCUACCGGCAUGGUGGUGUUAUUGGACGGCUAAGUGGUCAGACUGACUACCCCGAGGUGACUCAGGUGCUCAGCAAGAUGGUCCAGGAAGUAACUCCAGAAGCUACGUUUACGGCUAUGUGGGUUACAAGGACGUCAAAAUUGGGAGUUCAUAAGGACGUGAAUAACGACGAGGCUACCGAGAACUUCGUUCUACCCAUUGCGGUUCCCUAUCAAGGAGGUGGACUGUGGGUUGAGUUGGCAAAGGGUGACAAGGUGCAAGGGGAACUAUGUGAGCGAGAAGAUGAAAGGGGGCGACGACGUUAUGGGCAACUUCUACCACUACAACCUCGCGAACACAUACGGCUCAAUCCACGACGAGCUCAUGAAGUUCAACCUUGGAAGGGGGAGAGAGUAGUCCUUAUUGCAUAUACGCCACAGUGUAUGGGGAAGCUGUCAGCCAACAUGAUCAUGGACUUGGAGUCGCAUGGUUUUCAGCCACCUUUGACACAGAUGCCAGAGUACUUUAUGAGUGGAGACGAUGUGAGGGCAAAGUUGGUUUCGAUUGUUCCAUCUCAGCGGGAUGAACAGGAGAGAGACUGCAAGGAGCCGCGCGACCUCGAGGAGGACCCAUGGGAGAUGUUCGUCGAGGUGGACAGUGAGUUGGUCAAGGUGGUGACUUCAGAAGUUGACGGGCUGGACGGAAGGCCGCUAGUGGCUAAAGUGGAGGUGAGCUAUACGUACAACAUAGAGGAGAGUCUGCAGGGACUCAAGGCCCCGCUGGAAGUCACUCACACAGUCUCUCCAAAGGAGGCCUUUGCCUGUAUUGAAAAAUGGCGAGAUGCGAUAACCAAGGAGAUGAACAGCGUCGAGGUCGCCAUACAGAGAUUGCGCGUGGGGACGGAAGAGCGGAGAAGCUGGCUACGUGACCCCCGCGCGCAGCGUCUACCAAUGAAGCUGGUCUUCACUGUCAAGCCAAAUCCAAAGGCCGAUGUCAGCAAGCCGGAUACGUUCUACCGCCGAAAGGCUCGUCUGGUGAUCUGCGGGAACUUCGCGGAGGCAGAAGCACAAUCUUUAUAUACCGAAUCCGCUCCCUCGGAGGCGGUCAGGGCGAGCCUGGUGGUGGCCACGCGAAACGCGUGGUGGGUCGGUGUCCUGGAUAUCGUGACAGCCUUCAUCAGGACCCCAUUGGGGGAGAACUCGGACGACCCGGUGGUCGUUGCUACUCCGCCCCGUAUAUUACAAGAGCUCGGGCUUAUUACAAGCCAAGAAUUGUGGGCGUUGGUGCGAGCACUAUAUGGCCUACGGCAAUCACCGAUGCUUUGGGCUCGAUAUCGGGACCGGAGAAUGCAGAGCAUGGUGGCACCACACAAUUUGGUUAUGUCACGAGGGCGUACUAUCACCUCGUGGUGGUCGAUAAAGGACCAGUCAGGCAGAUUGGUGGCCAUCAUAUUAAUAUACGUCGAUGACUACUUGAUACUGGGACCUAAAGAAGUUCUUCAAGAUCUGGCGGCCAUGGUCCAGGAGGAGUGGGAAACCUCAGAUUUAUCUAUACUCACGGAAGAUAAUGAGGUGAAGUUCCUUGGCAUGGAGUUGUCUUUAAAGAACGGAGAAAUCCGACUGGGACAACGGGGCUACGUGGAGGAGCUGAUGAGAGCGUAUGACAUGAAGGAUACCGAUGUCUCAAAGAUCCCGCUCAACAAGGAUGAGGCCGUCUAUGAGGUGUUAUCUACAGACGCAAAGCCAACCCCGGAGAUGACUCACAAGGCCCAGCAGAUGACAG